AUGGAGUUAUUAGGAUCCAAAACUGUCCAGGAAGUGCUCAUCCAAGGGGAACAGGUGCCAGAGAAAUAUAUCCAUAAAGUUGAAAAUGGUGGAGUCCAAGUCCCAGAUGCUUCUGCUGCCCAGUUAAUAGAUGUUCCAGUUAUUGAUCUUGCUCUCCUCGCAGCUUUUUCAAUCUCUGCCGAUGAACUUGAGAAGCUUAGAUCAGCUCUUGCCACAUGGGGUUGCUUCCAGGUAAUAAACCAAGGUAUGUCGUCGAAAUACCUAGACGAGGUCCGAGAAAUUGCAAAGCAAUUUUUUGCACUUCCAGUGGAAGAUAAGAAGAAGUACUUGAGACAAGUCAACGACAUUCAAGGAUAUGGAAACGACAUGGCUAUGCCGUUGCAGGGCGAUAGUUGGCAUGACGAAAGCACGAACCAGAACGGAUGGUAUGGCAUCAGUGCCAACGAUGCCUCGCAGUUUUCAUGUGGUACUGCUGUGUGCACUGAGCACGCCCUCGACUGGGGCCCUGAUGGUGGAGAGAUGACGUGUAUGUUCGAUGAUUAUGGAGGAUGCGAGGAGGCAGUGGAGAGGGGCUUUGCAAACCCUAACGGUGAUGGAGAACUGAUCGGACGGGAGUAA